GUUUCAAGCUUAUGAGUAUAUGAUACUGGUUGCCUAGUGCUUGGAUAUUAUUAACACAAUAUGCAAUACAAUACUCUUAUAGACUAAAAAAGAUAAAAAGCCUAUAGAUGGUGUGAUGUGGUCGAGUAGGUAUGGCUACGAGGAAAAGGUGGACGUGGAGGGGAGUGUUUGUUAAAAGAGCGGCGCGCGGCGGGGCUGGGCCGAGGGAUGCGGGAGAGGCAUAUUAUAGUGAGCGGGCGACUGCGGUGAGGAGAGGAGGUGGCCAACGAGACUGUAACGUGAGACUCUCGUGGAACUGGAGACCUCGUAUUUCAGUGUAAUAAGCACAGGGUGGAAAUAAUUGUGCAAAAGUACAUGAUGGUCUUCCGUCGGUGAAUUGUCUUUGGUUGAGUUUGAAAACAUGAAAAUGUACUUACGUACUUUCGAGUGCUCUUCGUUAUUACAAUGAGCCCAGUGAGGAUGCACAGUGAUGUGCUCGGUGCCGCUGGAGACUUGGCGGUGUAGAAGAUGAUGAAGCUAAUUGCUCGUGAAUCUCGGGAGCCAAAAAGUCCCGAGCUGGAGCUGCAUCAUGAUAUAGAUGGUGUAAGAAAUGCAGUAAACAAGUAAAGAAUUUCGUCGAAGUUCUUGAGAGGAAGGAAGGCCCACCACAGCCACCAUGCAGACCGCCUACGCGCGCAUGGUCUAUGAGCGGCAGCAGCGGAGUCAGCGAGCGGACGGGACGCGGGUACGGCGCCGGGUUACCUUCGUCCACUUGGUGAAGGACCUGUGCCGACGCCUCAUCGCCUUCCUAUUCACGCAGGUAGGAGUGUGUGGCUUGGUGGUGGCAUACAACAUCAUGGGAGCCUUCGCCUUCCGCGCCAUCGAGGGGGAAUACGGCGAUGCGUCUCCCGAAGAGGCUGCCUUCCGCCUGCGGGAGGACACCGUCAGGAGACUCUGGAACAUAACUGCGAGACUCAACAUCCUGGAGCAGAGCCAGUGGCGGGUGGAGGUGACGAGGACCCUGGAGGACUUCCAGGGAGACGUGGUGCCCCUGGUGAAGGCGAGGGGUUACCGUGGCGUGCUUCCUAUCCAGGCGUGGUCCUUCAGCGCCGCCCUCAUGUAUUCGCUCAGCGUCUACACCACGAUAGGUACGUUCCGACAGCCAAAGUUAUGUACCCUGCUAGCAAUGCUUAUAGUCGUAAUAAUAAUUGUAAUAAUAGUAAUAACUACCAAUAUUUUUAUUAGUUAUUAA